GACCAGAGUGGAUGACCAGGGAUGUUCAUUUGAUAAGUGUGAAUUUGACCAUUUUCCUGUUAAAAUGUAACGAGUACUUUUGGGUGUCAGGGAAAAUGUAUGAGGUAAAAAGUACACUUUCUUUAGGAAUGUAGUUAGGUAAAAGUUGCCAAAAAUACAAAUAGUUAAGUACAGAUACCCCAAACUACUUUAAAUGUAUUUUUACUUAAGUACUUUACACAAUGGCAGGUCGCCCGCAAAAAACAGCAUGGAUAGAAUGCAAUAAUUGACUAAUAUUUGCCAUAUUCUAAUACAUCUCAUGUGCCAACGUAUCGCCAUGGUGAAACUUGCACUCAUGUAGAUCUGAAAUAAUUGGAUGGUAAAACUUGCCAGCCAAACAGAAAAGCAAGGCGAAUCAAUUCAGCCAUUCUUGAAAGGCAGGAAAAACACGGCUUCCGUCAGAUCUGUUGCAAUAAAGAAAGUUUGACAGAUUAAAAAUCCACCCCAGUCCAAUGGAUAAAAAGGAAAUGAAGCCAGUGAACAUCGAGAAUGGUGUCCCUGUACUCCAUUCAGCAAAAGACGGGUGCAAACCCAAGAAAUUCACCCCAGAUGAAGUACUGGUACCAAAUCCCAGCUUCAAAGAAAAUCAAGGAACGAAAAGAAAGAUACAACCUGGAAGUCUAUCAAUAUAUGAAUUGGAACGGUUGGAAAAUAUCAGACAAAACCAAGUGUUCCUGUCCUCCAUAAAAAUGCUUGAGGCCAAGCAGGAUUUGAAACCAGAAAACACACAGCGAGGUCUCAAGAGACAGAACAAUAAGGUAGCCUGGACAGAGAUACUGCCUCCUCGCACCAAGUCCUUGAGAAUCCAGAAGAAGGAAGCAGAGCGACUCCCCCUGCCCCUGGAACCACACAGGAUUUAUUAUGAAGUCGAACGAAUUGAACGUGCCAGGAAGCCAGAGGGUCCCAUUAGUAUGGAGCCAAUCAACAUGGAGGAGGAUAGUUCACUGCCACCUGAACUUCUCAAGCUGUGGACAGAGGAUUUCAUCAAAGAAGAGAAGGAGGACUUGGGUCUGGAAGAGUACCGUAGUACUCUAAAGAGCAUGGAGCUGAGUGAGAUUGGAGGAGUAGCUAAGGUGGUGAAGAGUCGUAUCUUCUCUGUUGCUUUCCACCCAUGUAGCAGUCGUCUGCUCAUGGCUGCUGGGGACAAGUUGGGUGGAGUGGGGCUGUGGAACCUCGACUCUGAUAUGGGGGAUGAGGGCGUGCUGCUAUUUGAGCCACAUGUCCAGCCGGUGGCCUGCAUGGCCUUCUCCAGGUCACAUCCUACAGACCUGUUGACCCUCAGCUACGACGGGACGCUACGGAGCACAGAUGUGGAGAAAGCCGUUUUUGAUGAGGUGUAUCGGAUCAAGGAUGGCUUGAGAACCUUUGACUUCCUGUCACAUGACUGUUCGACGCUGGUCACCGGGGACUGGUACGGAGACGUUGCCAUCGUUGACAGGCGGACUCCAGGAACCUCUCAUGAGUCCCUCCAUAGCCUGGAUACCAAGACGGUUCGCUGUGUUCACGUCCACCCUGUUCAGAAGCAGUACAUCAUGGUGGCUGAGAACAGUAUUGUGAGCAUUUACGAUGCUCGAUGUUUGAAGGCGUCGUCGAGAAAGCCAGUCUCCCAGCUCUAUGGUCACUCAAAGAGCAUCUCAAGUGCCUACUUCUCUCCUGGCACUGGCAACAGAGUAGUGACCACCUGCCUAGACAACAACAUCAGGAUUUAUGACACCUCGGAACUAACCUCCAGAGCUCCGCUACUGACCUCCAUCCAACAGAACUUGUACACAGGGCGCUGGCUGUCCAAGCUGCAGGCGAUGUGGGACCCCAAGAGGGACGACUGCUUCGUUGUGGGCAGCAUGCAGCGGCCUCGCAGAGUCCAGGUGUUCCAUGAGAGUGGGCAGCUCCAGCACUCCUUCCAGGACCCAGAGAUGACCACCGUGCUCUCAGUCACAGCCUUCCACCCCACCAGGAACGCUCUACUGGGGGGCAACGCCUCCGGGCGGCUGUAUGUCUUCACCGACUGAGAGCAGGAUGCCUGUAUGUGUUCGCUGCCUGAGAGGAGAAACCUGGGCCAUUGUUCACAAAACAUCGGAGUAAGAGUCCUGAUCUGGAAUGCUCAACUGAUCAUAGAUCAGCACUCCUACUCUAAAAUGUUUCAUGAUACGGGCCCAGAACACAUGCUUAGAAUAGACCAAAAUCAGUUGUUUUGUUGUUUCUUUCUGCAAGCUGCCUUUGCUAUUGUUGCACAUUGUUUUCUAUCAAAUUGUUGAUGUUUUGUUAGUUUAUAUAUUUAGCUGAAGUUGUGCUUUUCAUGUAGUUUAGUUCUUUCAUUUGGCUGUAUUGUACCCGCAGUAAAUUUUGUGAUUGACGGUUUUAAUCUUUCAAAUAUAAACUACCAGAAUUCAGUGGCUAUAGCCCUACAAUCAAUAAAAUCAUGGCUAAAUACCA